AUGGCCAAUGGCAGCAUUACUGUGUCUGAAUUUGUACUGCAAUGCACCAUCAACUCAGAUCAAAGUCUGCUCACCAUUUCCAUACUUAUAAUCGUCUACCUUCUGUCUCUGUUUGGGAAUCUGCUGGUAAUCUUGGUAAUAUUAUGGAACCAUCAGCUCCAUGCCCCGAUGUACUUUUACAUUGUUGCCUUAGCCGUCAUCGACUUGUCCAACAGUACAAUCCUCAUUCCUAAAAUGAUCUCCGUCCUGAUGCUUGACACUGUGGUGCCUUAUGGCGCUUGUGUGCUACAGAUGUUUGUGAUAUUGCAUGUUGAAGAGAUGGAAUCUUUUGUUUUGACUUUUAUGGCUGUUGACCGCUUUAUAGCUGUGGUCUAUCCACUAAGGUACCCAUCGAUCAUAACAAAUAAAACGGUAGGUGUGGGACUCUUCAUACUCAAUGCCUUUGGACUGAUUUUCAAAUCGCCAUUCAUAUUUUUUGCUACUGAACUUUCAUUCUGUCGCACUAAUGUCUUGCCCUAUUGCUUCUGUGAUUAUGCUACUAUGGUCCAUGUUGCCUGUACUGAUGAUCCAAAAUACCUGAAGUUUUUGACAGCUGUAGUAAUGUCAGCAGGUAUGUUCCCAAUGUUUUUCAUCCUCUUCACUUACGCAAGGAUUGCUUUGGCGGCACUGAAGAUCUCCUCAGCAGAGGGUAAAAGCAAAGUCUUCAGCACUUGUCUCACUCAUCUACUAGUAGUUGGGCUCUUUUAUAUCCCACUUCUCUCAUCGUAUGCUCUACCAGGAGCAGGAGUGAAAUUGUCCACAGAAACUUACAACACCAUGGUUAUUGUUGGCAAUGUUUUACCUCCUAUGGUCAAUCCCAUAAUUUACAGUUUCAGGAACAAGGAGAUAAAAAGCUGCAUUCAUCAACUUCUCACAGGAAAAAGAACAUCUCCUUUACUCAAUGACAAAUAG